CGGGCAUGGCCAACUCAAUAACCAACCCACCAACGCCCUUGUUUGCUCUCCUUUUCUCUUCUCUACUUGAAACCACUUUAUUUAUCACUAUCGCCAGCACAAGAAAAGCUUUUAUCUCAUCCCGAGAAGAACAGCCAUAUAUGGAAGAUUUUAUCAGCACCCGAUCCAGCUGCAUCCAUGGACACUCAGGCAGCGUUUCUCAACGUACCCUACCACUUUUUUUUGCCAACACCGAUGCCAAGCCUGAAUUCAUGCCGAAUGAAGUGAUCCGCGCGGCAUUCUACAUGGCACUCAAGCAGUUUCCCAUCCUAGCAGGGUACCUACGCCCAGACGGCGGCGGCCAAACAUGCGUAGUCAUUGACCGCAAAGAUCUCAACAUGCCCGAGUACAAAGAGUCCACAAGCAACAUCCACCUAGACACUCUUAGAGACAGCAAGUUCCACCACACGCUCUCCACAACCGGUGCAAUCACAAAGGCCGGCGCCGACGGCCGCAUAAAAAUGAUCAACGUGCAUAUUGUGCGUCUGAAAGGAAACAGCGGCGUCGUUCUGUUUGUCAACAUUCCGCACUACGUCGUCGACGGGACCGGGUUCUUCUCGUUUGUCGAGCUCUGGGGCACCCUGUGUCGGGCGCUUCGCACCCAGGAUCACGAGCUUGCGCUGCGCGCUUCCGGCCCCGCUGGAUAUGACACAUUGCGGAUCUACACGGGCUUUAACCCAAUUGCUGACUGGCUCGCGUGGCUGUCCCCCAAUACCCGCGCCCAGCUUUUGGACAGGGCCAAGUUCGGCUCAGAUAUUACUUCGCACACUUUCCGCAUACCGCGGGACUCCCUGGAGGCCCUACGCGCGCUGGUUGCCACGCAUAUGCCCGAUGGCCAGCAGGUUAUUGCUACGCAUGUGCUUGCCGCACUGCUGAGCAAGACUGUCGCCCAGGCGCACAAGAAAAGCCGCGAUCAAAAGACAUUGCCAGUGGCAAAUCUGCCGGAAGUGGUGUCGCAGGGAUGCUAUCUGCACUUGUUUCUGGGCAAGGAGACCCAUCAGUCCUUGAAUCUGCUCGCCGACAUGCGCCAUCCGCUGGAACUCACGGAUAAAAGCUACAUGGGCAACGGGCUGAUUCCACACAACACACACCCUGAAUCCCUGGCUGAGGCGACAGCCACAGUUAGCAGGAUCUACGCCGGCGCUGAUGCGCAGCUUGUCGGCAGCUUUGUCGAUAUGAUUGCCGCUCGACCAUCUUGCUUUACGCGGCCAAUGGUGUAUUUGGCCACUCACCCGACGUCGCUCGUAAUCACAAAUGAGACUACGUUUAAGCUUUAUGCGGCCGAUUUCGGCGAUGGAUUGCCCGAAUGGGUAUGCACGAUUCCCUCGUUUGUUGCCAACUUUGUCGGUUUUUUGCCCAGCCCGCCUCCAAGCACAGAUAUCGUUGUCAAUAUCACGAUGAAAAGCCGGGUGAUGAAACAUAUUCUCCUGGACAGUUUUUGGAGAGACAUUGCCACUAUUGUUUACUAAUCUAGUUAUUCAAAUUUAAUGACAUUGUCAUUUUUCCCAGCCAAAGACAGCCCUUGUCGGCUCGUGUAUGCAAAUUAUGUGUUGUUCUUCAAUAGCA